AUGGAGAUCCUCGUCCAUGUCUCCGCACCCAGUUCCGCCCGCGAUGACGCCCGAUACCGUGCUCAAGUCGCCGCCAUUCUCGCCUUGGAGCCUAUCUCGCGUCGGUCGCUGAUCUUGAAUGAUGGAGGAGCACUAGUAGCACCAGCAGAAGCCCCACCACCUGCGGAUCAAGGCCCGGAGCAUGCAGAGAAUGCAAAGCCCGCGGCCUCCUCUUUACUACUGCAGGCGUCCGAGCUCAUUUCCGCGCCAUCCUCGGUCUCCCAUCAGUCCGUGGAGGAUGUAAGAGCGGCAAUAGCUGGCCAGCCAAAUGGGGCGGGCCGGACUAGCAGUGAUAGUCGCUGUGAUCGGGAUUUGAUGCACCAACGGGAGAAGAAGCCCUUGGGCAAUCUGCCGUCCCCUCGAGCGGAUGAUCGUUCACAAUCUGAUCCGCUUGCGAAUGACACGGCCACGGCCACGGCCACGGUUCCUCCCAUUGCAAAUUCAAAUCCAAGUCCAUGUCUACGGCACGAUCGCCCGUCGAUCUUACCCGGUCUUGAUCCUGGCACAAAUCAAAUCAGCCCUGGUUUACUGAUCCCAGCACCGGCGCAUACGAACCAGAUUAGAAAUUCCCACCAUCAAAUUGGCCUCGAGGCUCAGCUUCGGUCUCGACUCGCAUCGGACUCACUCGAGAGUAUCAUCAGUGUCAUCCCGGACUCUCAACCAGAGCUAGCCGUAUGCACUCGACGAUCACCACCGCUGCACGAGGAAGAUCAACCAGCCCACCCACCGAAACGGCGGCGGGUCGAACCUUGUUCCACGUCCCCAUCGGACCAGACUAUCAGCAAGGCCGCAGCAUUAGAAGGUACAACCCCUUCAUGUUCAGCACAUCACGAAAAAGAAAAGACACCUCCAGGGCACGCAGACCAACGUUCACGGCCUCCCUUGACACAGGGUCCGCAGUCGCAUUCACACACUCUCCCUAAUACUUCCCCUUCCCCUUUCCCUCGACAUAUCGACAAUCCUGCUUCUGCUUCUGCAAAUGCUGCCGUCUCGGUAAUCGAGACCGAGCAGCAACGACAGCAACCUCCUAUUCGACAUGACCUCCCCCUUCACCAGCAAAGUACACCCUUCUCCAAAUCCCUCCCCCUCACCCUUAGACCCCCGCCACCCCCAAUCUCCACCUCCACUUUCAAAACACACGUCACCCCAACCCUAGCCAUGCUCAUCGAGCGACUCAAACCCGCCCGCACAUACAAACCAACCCAUCAAUCCCGAGAACUGGAUACCCUCGAACGCGGGUACUGGGCUAUGCGUGUUAACAUCGCAGCGACAGAGUCAGCACCAGCAUGGGAAAAGGGGAGAAAAGGGAACAACCCUAAAGGGGAUCUUGGUGCUGGUGCUGGUGCUAGCACUGGCCCAUCACCGAACCCCCAAACAUGGACUGAUCCUCAAUUCUCUCACUUUUGGACAUUCCUCUCAAGCUUUAUCGCAAAGGAUGCCCGCGCUGGAUGGGGCGUAUGGUGUAUCGCCGAACGCAUAGACCCAGAUCCAGAUUCAGCGACCAAUUCGCCCGAUGCUGCCACUAACACGGCCAGAAACACAACCAUAACCACGACUACAGCCACGGCAGAUGACACACCUACACCAGUCUUGAUCAAAGUCUACGCAUGGGGUGAAGUCGCCAUGCAUAUCUAUCUCAUGCUGUAUCUUGCUAGCGAGCGACGCGUUCGGGGGAUGGGGUUGAGGUGGGUGGAUUCUUGGGAGGAGGUUGUUAUUCAGAUGCCAUGA